AUGGAGACAUCGUCUACAGUAUCCUUACGCGCCGCAAUUGUGGGGGCCGGGAUUGGAGGACUCACAGCUGCCAUAGCCUUGCGACGAGAGGGCCACCAUGUUGACAUAUAUGAACAAUCUCAGCUAGCAAACGAGAUUGGCGCCGCAAUCCAUAUUUCGCCUAAUGCCAACAGCAUCUUGAACCAACUGGGAAUAAACCACGAGGAACAAGGAGGCACUCGGCUCCGGCAGAUUCGAUUUUACUCUGCAUCUGGCGAAAUUCUGAAAGAAAUUGACGUCGCCGCUGACAGUCAUCGAUGGCAGAAGCCCUGGAUCCUCGCCCACCGGGCCCACCUUCACAGUCACCUAAAAGAAAAGGCACUUUCUCCGGAGGGCAGCGGUGUACCUGCUCGGCUCCAUACUUCUGCGCGUGUAGCUUCAGUAGAUGCUGAUAAUGCACGCAUUCUGCUGGAGAAUGGUGAUUCUGUGCAAGCAGACGUUAUAAUUGGCGCAGACGGGGUUCAUUCUCGGUGUCGGUCAGCUAUCCCAAACCAUAGCAUCAGUCCAGCACCUGCAGCUUUCAAUGCCUUCCGGUUCCUCGUGCCAGUCUCUGAGAUUAGCACAGACCCACGCACUGCAUCCAUCACGGAGGCAAUUGGCUCGAUGGAUAUGUAUUACCAAGAUGAUCGCAAAGUUGUUAUUUAUCCAUGCGUGCGGAACACACUGCUCAACUUUGUUUGCAUCUACCCGGCGGCACUGUCACCUUGCACGAGCGACGAUUACUCUAAGCUUGGAUCAAAAAAGAUGCUGUUGCAAAUUUUCCAUGAUUUCGCAACACCUCUCGUGGAUACAAUGCAGAAGUGUGAUGAGAAGGAGCUGAAGCUAUAUCCCCUACUGGAUAUGGAUACGCUUCCUGACUUUAUACACGGCCGUCUGGCUCUCCUUGGUGAUGCAGCGCACCCGUUCACUCCACAUCUGGCACAAGGUGGUGCCAUGGCCAUGGAAGAUGGUGUCAGCCUGGGGAUUCUAUUAUCCCAACUGGGCAGCACCGACGAAGUUCCGGAGCGCCUACGUUUAUACAGCCAGGCUCGGUAUGCACGAGCCACGAAAAUUCAGAAUUUCAGCCGGCUGGCGGGCCAUGAGAACAGCGAUUCUGAAACUGGUAAUAAUGUAGAAAAGUGGAAAGUAUCCAAGUACCUUGAAUAUGGAUUAAGCCACGACGAAAUCCACGCAUCAACCCAGCGACUCCGCGAAUACCAGUGGCAAACAAGGAAACGCUGUUACUGGAGACAGCCAAUUUCUUUUGGGCCCCUUCCUGGACCAAGACAGGAUCUCUGGAAUUAUCCUCGUCCCCAUGGUCUGUCAGAAGCGCAUUCUAUAGUAGCCACUAUCACAUUCAGCACGAGUGCGACACUCCUGCGUAACUUGCUUCCCUCACCCGCUUACAGCUUUAUUCGUUCAGACACGGUGGCUCAUGUAAGUGUUUCCAUUCAAUCAAUCCAGAACUUGGCAUGGCUUGGUGGCAGGGGCUACGACUUGGUCACUUUCCAUAUCCACGGGGUGCAAUAUCGUGGGCAGGACGGCUCGAAAACUCAAGGAUCCUAUUGCCCUGUACUAUUUGAGAACCUCACCGACCCUAUCCUCUCAGGGCGGGAGGAACUCGGGUGGCCCAAGUUGUUUUCAGAUAUUAGGGUUCAGCAGCCUUCGGAUACCGAGUAUCAUGCCCAGGUUAGCUGGAACGGGGCUCAAUGGGCCUCGUUCUCUUUGACGAUGCUGCAGAGUCAGGACGAGGGAAAAUCAUUAAACAGUCCCGCGGAGAAGAAAAACCUUUUAGUGCACAAGUACAUGCCCAGAACUACAGACCAGCCGUGUCGAGAAAAGGCGGAUGCUGAUUACGCUGUACUGGUGAAAACGUCCCCCGCGGUUGUGGAGCAGCGCAUGCGAACAUCUACAGCAAAAUUGAGUAUUACGGCCCGAACUGAACGAGAAUUACCUACGCUUUAUCCGAUUGUCAACCGCCUGGCUGAAUUACCAGUUCUAGAGAUUGUUGAGGCUACCGUGGAAAGGGUACUGGGGAUGGAUGAUUUUUCCACAACCUCUCGCAUAGAUUAA